CAGGGACCUGGAAGGAAGAGGAGGAUCGGCCGCCAGACAGAGUUCUGCAGCUCUUACUCAGAGUUGAGUAGGGAGGUCAGAGCCUCCUCCUGACUGGUCCCUCCUCAGUCCAGAGUGACUAUCUCCAAACCCCACCGCCACCCAAGGCGCCGCCAGGGAUUCUAGGGUGAAUUAUUCCAGGAAGUUUCAAUGAGAGAGCAGAAAAACUAAGUCACUCUUGGCCAGCCAACCACAGUGACAGAAAGUGUUGCACCCACGCUGGUGAGUCGCUGGGCUUCUUUGGGAGGCGGAAGAAAGGACAGUGGAGACAUUUGGGGACCUGGUGGUCUGGGUCUCUCUUCCUCAUGGCUUCAUCCAGUGGCUCCAGCAACAUCUGCUCCCAUGUCAUCGAUCACAGCCAUGUCCCUGAAUUUGAGGUGGCCACUUGGAUCAAAAUCACCCUCAUCUUGGUGUACCUGAUCAUCUUUGUGGUAGGCGUCCUGGGUAACAGCGUCACCAUCCGGGUUACACAGGUAUUGCAGAAAAAGGGCUAUUUGCAGAAGGAGGUGACAGAUCACAUGGUCAGUUUGGCUUGUUCAGAUAUCUUGGUUUUUUUGAUUGGCAUGCCCAUGGAGUUCUACAGCAUCAUUUGGAACCCCCUGACUACACCCAGCUAUGCUCUGUCCUGUAAGCUCCACACGUUCCUCUUUGAGAUGUGCAGCUACGCCACCUUGCUGCAUGUGCUGACCCUCAGCUUUGAGCGCUACAUUGCCAUUUGUCAUCCCUUCAGGUAUAAAGCAGUGUCUGGACCUCGCCAGGUGAAACUGUUGAUCGGCUUUGUAUGGGUCACCUCCGCCCUUGUGGCACUGCCUUUGCUCUUUGCCAUGGGUAUCGAGUACCCUCUGGUGAAGGUACCCACUCACAAGGGACUCAACUGCAACCUCUCUCGCACCCGCCACCACGAUGAACCUGGAAACUCCAAUAUGUCCAUCUGCACGAACCUCUCCAACCGUUGGGAGGUCUUCCAGUCCAGCAUCUUUGGGGCCUUCGCUGUUUACCUGGUGGUCCUGGUGUCUGUGGCUUUCAUGUGUUGGAAUAUGAUGAAAGUGCUAAUGAAGAGCAAGCGGGGCACUCUGGCAGGGACCGGGCCACAGCCGCAGCUGAGGAAGUUAGAGAGUGAGGAGAGCCGGACAGCAAGAAGACAGACCAUCAUAUUCCUGAGACUGAUUGUGGUGACACUGGCUGUGUGUUGGAUGCCCAAUCAGAUCCGACGGAUCAUGGCUGCAGCAAAACCCAAGCACGACUGGACCAGACAGUACUUCAGGGCAUACAUGAUCCUCCUGCCCUUCUCCGACACCUUCUUCUACCUCAGCUCCGUGGUCAACCCUCUCCUCUACAACGUGUCUUCUCAGCAGUUUCGGAAGGUGUUCUGGCAGGUGCUUUGCUGCCGGCUGACUCUGCAGCACGCCAACCAAGAGAAACGCCAGCGUGCCCGCUUCAUCUCCACCAAGGACAGCACCAGCUCAGCCCGCAGCCCCCUCAUCUUCCUAGCCUCCCAGCGCAGUAACUCUUCCUCCAGGAGAACUAACAAGGUUUUCUUAAGCACUUUUCAGACUGAGGCCAAGCCUGGAGAGGCUAAGCCCCUUGAGUCCUUGAGUCCUGAGUCGCCACAGACUGGCUCAGACACCAAACCAGCUGGGUCCACCACAGAAAAUAGUUUACAGGAGCAGGAAGUAUGAAUGUCAACUUCAGAAGCCUUGAGCCGAAAUUGGCUCUCCCCUCCCACAAAAGCAGAGAUACCUUCACGCAGCAGCGGUCCCCGAAUAGACUGCGAUUCCUAUUGGGACAGAAUGGAAGCUCAAGACUUUGGGAAAGGCAGAUGCAUAUCGCAAUGACUUCUAAGGGGGAUGCUUCCAGGAUGCUAGCCUUGGCGGUGGUUAACCAGAUUGGGAUGGGAGGGUCUAGACUUUCUGCUCCAUGCUUUUUCCUUCAGCUACACACAGAAAUUCAGAGUGAAUUGGUUCAGAGCUUACAAAAGUAUUUGUGCACGGCAAUUUUGCAUUACUUGAAAGGAGGGAACAAAAAGACUCCCUUGUCUACCCAGAAUAAAAGGACACCCAGAAGAGACUCGGGAAGGUGAGAGACGAAGGGCCGGACAUGUGAGGCAGCAGGGGUUGGCAUCUCCUUUAGCUUCAGCAGUGUGCCAAGCAGAGGGCUAAGUUGAAGAACAGGAGAGUGGUGAGAAGCCCUGGUCUGAUGGCCGAGGCAGAGCUGCCUCUCUUCUUGGGCCUCGGCCCAUUGCAAAGCGGGGUGUUGCAGCAGCUGAUACACACGGAGUUCAGUUUCCCAGGGGAACAGAAGGACUGGUACCCAGCUGAAGCAAUGAGACAGGCUGCUGACGAUGCACACGACUUCCGGUACAUGAUCCCUACAACACAGGUCCAGGGAAGUGGGGUUAGCAUAUGUGAUCUGCAGUCCAGCCAUCUCUUUGUGCCCAAAUCCGAGUGUGUAGCCUUUCCUUAACGCCUCCCACAGAAAGGGUUCUUAUCUCCUGAUCUAGGAGAUGGUUCAGGGGGUAAGAAUUCUCAGACUUAUUGGAGUCUGGGAGUUCUUUUGGGUGGGCAUGGAGGUCACCAAACACACAGAACUUAUGAUGAAUGUUGUUCCAACAGAGAUUUUAGUUGCUGAUAUCCAUGAAUAAAGAGCUAUUAAAAUCAAA